AUGAAGUUCUCAAUCCUUGCCACCCUCGCUCUCUCCCUGAGCGCAGCAACACUAGCCGUUCCCCUCUCAGCCACCUGGGAACCCGGCCCGGCAGGCAGUGGAGUCCACGGCGAAACCGACAGAUGCGGACCGUCCAACCCGCCGAACAAAAAGCACGACAAGCUCGUGGGCCGGUGCGACACCAGUGAAGCAUCUCCAAAGAUUGAAGACUGCAAGGCAAUGCUCGACGAAAUUGUCGACGGAAAGGCCAGCGACGGGAAGGGUGAUCAGUACUGGAGACUUCACCACCCGGGGAGCUACCAUAUCUUGUCUCAUGGAACGUGUAUGAUGGGUGUUGAAGUCACUGGGUCCAACCGCGCAACCAUGCCCUAUGUUGGCACUGCGGAUGUCACAGAUAUUGUCCACUCCUUGGCGGACGAUUGCGGUUCGAACGGCCUGAUGGGUGGAUUGGGCAUCAUGACGUGCGCUGAUUCGGGUGCCAAUGGGAAGGUUAUGUGGACUAUUUUCCAUACCUGA